AUGUCCAAGAGAAGCCAUGAUGGUGCUGUUGUUGAGGCCGCUACGGUAUCCUUCUCCUGUUUGACAGAGGAGUUGCUACUGAGUGUUGCCGAGUUUCUUCCUGCAAAAGAUCUCUUACAGUUUCAGUGCGUUUCCAGGGAUCUUGCUGCCCUCGAGACCGACACCAUUUGGAAGCAGCGCUGCCAGGAUCGAUGGGCACCAUGGCCUCGCUUCAAGUUGGCAUCGAAGCGACAAGAAGAGCUAGAAAGAGAAUUUUCAAGUGUUGACCAGAAAAGCUGGAAGGUUCGCUACGGAUUGGUCGAGCAGCAAGCUACCUGUACUGAACUCACAAUAGAUGAUCUCCACAAUCUUCAAUGGUACUUGAGUUUUAUCCUUUCGGGUGUGCGUGGAGAAUCCAAUACACAGUUGAUGCCUAUUCGGUUCUGUCGGAACAAUCAUUUGGCGGUGAUGGGCCACCCACCAUUGCCAUAUCGGAUUGUCCAGGACACGCCACCGUCAUCGGAUCACAUUCGAAGUGGUUUGCGGGGGGAUCGACCCUUUUCGGAUACACAGUAUGUUCAGAUCAGUGAAUUCCCAGCCCAUUUUGUUACCAGGAAACAGUCCAAUGCAGAAUGGAUGAUUGUCAAUGAAAAUGUAUUGAUUGUCAGUACGGGCAAGAGAGACUGGGCGUAG